CCGUCUUGCGCAAAGAAAGACGAAGAAGGGCGCGCGAGCUUCGAGUUCCGCUCGGAGCGUGCUAAAAGCGGAGCGUGCCAGAAGCGCAGCCUGUCCAAUUUCUGCCAGCUCAGUCCUCACCUUGGAACGCCACUAAUACGAAUAAGAACUUCUUAGGCUGCAUGGCGAUGACCAUUUGCGAGGGCCACAAGGAACAGCAGCGGCUUCAACGCCAGCCGGAUAGCGAGGGGAAAAGCGGCCUGUCUACGUACAUCCAUGACUGCGAAGACACAUGCGUCAUGAAGCGCACCGUCAUCAGCGAUGAUGCCUUCGACAAUAUUCCCGUGGCGUCGCCUAGCACUCUGCUGCCCUUCUCGGGCGUGGCGCCGCCUUCUAUCCGCGACCUUGGGUUAGCGCGACCGUUCAGCACCGGCCUCUGUUUCGUCGUCGACGAACGCGUACACUGGACCGAGAACAACGCCAAGCUCGAUUCGCAGCUUGCCGUCUACGAUUGCUAUAUUGAUGUUCUCAGGAAGACCGAGCACGCUCGAUUCCUGCGAUGCCCAGAGAGAACCGGUAGCUACCAGGACACCCAAGAGAAAAACAGCAGCGUUACGGGUGAGCCGAACGCCGGCGUCUACAGCGACGACAACGACGACGACGACAAGGAGGCACUGCUUUGCCGCGAAGAACACCGAGAGCUGCGGCAAUGCACUGCUGGACCCGACAGCCGCCGAGCAUGACCCGUGGAAAGGAUUCGGUGACGGGCACUACGGUCCCGUGGUCAUUACUUACGGGACGGUGUCCGUCGGCAGUACAGUUCCCAACAGGCGUUGCCCUCACGGCAGACCGUGCGGUGCGUGUCAUAGUAGCUGUGCCUGCUGAGCACACAAUUCGAGGAUACCGAGCUGCGAUAACAACCCGAGCCGUCGCGCGCAUGGACGCGCCAACAAACUUGAUAUCCUGGCGAAGAAUCACGGGCGUGGGUUCUAAACCACGGACUCGUUUACCUCGUAGAUGCCUCUGGAUCAAAGUUGGCGAAAUGAACGUUGUGCAAAGUUUGUUAAAGCUUGUUAUCUUUGUAAAAUAUGUAUAAAUAUUACAUUAAAUUAUUUUGACCCUGCG